AUGGGUGUUGCGUCCGGACGGGGUGUGUUUGCAACAAAAGACAUUCCUGCACAGACCAUCAUAGACAUUUGUCCAGUCUUGAUAUUGGGAAUAGACGAGAAUAAGAAGCAUAUAGAGAACACUUGCCUUUAUCACUAUACCUACAAUUGGCCCCAAACAGAUGCGCACGGCAAUCACCAGGUUUCGCAAGCAGUCGUCUUUGGACUAGGCAGCAUGUUCAACCAUUCGACCCAGGAGCAGAAUGUGGGAUGGAUGCGAGAUCUCUGUCGCAAAAUUAUAAUAUACCGAGCUUUGAGAGACAUUCUUGCAGGCGAAGAGCUCUGCAUAUCGUAUGGCAGCCACCUAACAUUUAAGGAUGCGGAUAUGCCACCUCCAACGCCACUUGAAGAUGAAAUCGAGCAGUUGAGAAUGAUUGAGCCGUAUUAA